UUAAUUAACGGUUUUUUGGAGUUUUGGACAGCUUUUUAUUUUAAUUCAAACAGAAAAUUAAUAAAGAAAAACGAAGCGAAGCACCAGAGAUGCUGAUUGCUGAGAUGACAAAGACGCGGUGGAUGCCCGUGAGGUAGACAGUAGCAGAAUUUUAACGCAAGGGAAGGACGUUCGAAGCUUGGAACCUUUGAAAUCCAAAAGGAAAAUAAAAAAAGAAAAAUGGGAGAGUAUGAGAAGAUGAACAACAAUAACAACAAGGGGAAGGGAAUUGCAGUGAAAAUAAGAGUUGAUAACAAUCAAAGCGACACAGGUAAAGGCGACGACAGGAUUACGAGAUCUAUCGCCACCGCCAAAUUCAGUCCCCGCAACGCUUCAUCCAAAUAUGACUUCGUCAAGGUGAAGGUCUGGUUGGGUGAUAAUGCCGAUCAUUAUUAUGUUUUAUCCAGGUUUUUGCUUAGCAGAAUGUUAACCGUCACGAAGAUUCCGAAUCAUGUUGCAGUUAAAAUCUCUCUUGAGCUCAAGAAGCUGCUUAUAGACAACAGCCUUUUGGAUAUCUCGCAGUCCGAUUUAGAGGCUAAUCUUUUUAAGCUGAUGGAGUGGCGAGGUUAUGGACAGGAGUACAUAAGCCGGUACAAGAUGAUGACCAGAUUUCACCAUCAGAGAGUUCCUUUGGUAAUUCUUGUUUGUGGAACUGCUUGUGUUGGGAAGUCUACUAUAGCUACACAACUUGCACAGAGGCUAAACUUGCCAAAUGUCUUACAGACAGAUAUGGUUUAUGAAUUGCUACGCACGGCAACCGAUGCACCGUUAGCAUCUACUCCUGUAUGGGCGCGGGAUUUUAGCUCCUCUGAGGAGUUAAUUAUUGAAUUUUGUCGUGAAUGCAGGAUAGUUCGCAAAGGGUUGAACGGGGAUCUAAAAAAGGCAAUGAAAGAUGGAAAGCCAGUAAUAAUCGAGGGAAUACAUCUGGACCCAAGCAUCUAUUUAAUGAAUGACGAGCUUAAAGCUCCAACCUCUGUAGAUGGACCAUCCCAGCAGUCCGUGGCAUCGGAUGAUAAUUCUUCAGUUCAAAAGGAAAAUAAUUUUAUUACUACAUCUCAAAGUAACACAGAAAAUGGUAAAAACCAUCCUGUGCGUUUAUCUGAAGGCGUGUCAGCCGACAAUGUGAACAAAGUGUCGGAAUCUGUAAAGUCCAUGUCUCUAGAAACUGCUUCUGACAAUAAAGGUGAAACUGUUAAGGUACCAGAAGUAAAUGGAAGUACUGCUAGAAAAGAAAAAUCUGGCCCUAAACCAAUAAUAAUACCCAUAGUUCUGAAGAUGUCUGAAUUUGAUCACAAGGCAUUACUUGAGGAGAGGAUCACUACUCAGGCAUUAGCUGGUAAAUGUCUAGUUCAGGAUACAGAUAACUUAAUAACGAACUUGAAGACUAUUCAAAACUAUCUUUGCUCUUUCAAGUCACAGGGUUUAACAGUUGUCAAUUUAUCUGCGACUACAUUUUCACAGACAUUAGAUUGGCUACAUGGAUAUAUUCUUCAGAGCUGGGAUGAAGGAAUGAAAUAUUAUGGAUCCUGAAAGCAACUCCAUGGAUUAAGCAAACUGCUUAACAUUUUCAGCUCCAUUGUUAAAAGUUAUGCUAAGGCCAAAUUAUUGCAAAUACUUGGGACUGAAAUUUCCUGGAAAAUGGAGUGAUGGAAAACAUUGUCGCCCCCACAACAAAUUCGUUGCAGGCAAACCAAAUUCUCAAUCUCUUGUUCAAUCAAAGCCUUUAUCGCACUUAUGCUUUAUGUUUUCUUUUUUCUUUGAGGAUUAACAAAACUCAAAACUGAGCUAGUCGGGUUCAGAACAUUGUCAUCUUAAAUCUACUAAAGAACUUGUAUAGUGUACUUGAAUCA